CCCGCCCUCGCCCCGCGGCGCCGCCCCCGCGCCCGGCAGCCCCGGGCCCGGCGCUCCCCCGCCCGCUGCGGGUCCGGGUCCGGGUCCGGGCCCGGGCUCGGCGCGGCGCGGCCCGCCGCAGGGAGGAUGGGGCAGCCGCGGAGGCCGGCGAGCGGCAGCGGCCCGGCGGCGCCAUGACCGGCGAGAAGAAGAAGAAGAAGCGGCUCAACCGCAGCGUCCUGCUGGCCAAGAAGAUCGUUAUCCGGGACGGGGCUGGCCGCCAGGGGAUCGGAGAGCCCAGCGUGUACCACGCCGUGGUGGUUAUUUUCCUGGAGUUCUUUGCCUGGGGGCUGCUGACCACGCCGAUGCUGACGGUGUUACACCAGACUUUUCCUCAGCAUACAUUCUUGAUGAAUGGCCUGAUUCAUGGAGUCAAGGGUCUGCUUUCUUUUCUAAGUGCCCCACUGAUUGGUGCUCUCUCUGAUGUCUGGGGCAGGAAAUCCUUCCUCCUCCUCACUGUCUUCUUCACGUGUGCGCCAAUUCCCCUUAUGAAGAUCAGUCCAUGGUGGUAUUUUGCUGUCAUUUCCAUGUCUGGAGUCUUUGCUGUCACCUUUUCUGUGAUUUUUGCCUACGUUGCCGAUAUCACGCAGGAGCAUGAACGCAGCACGGCGUACGGCUUGGUGUCAGCCACGUUUGCUGCUAGUCUGGUCACAAGCCCAGCAAUUGGUGCAUACCUUUCCCAAGCCUACGGCGACACGUUGGUGGUUGUGCUAGCUUCAGGUGUUGCUUUGCUGGAUAUUGGUUUCAUCCUGCUGGCUGUGCCAGAGUCUCUGCCAGAAGAGAUGCGCCCGGUCUCCUGGGGAGCUCCAAUCUCUUGGGAACAAGCAGACCCUUUUGCUUCCUUGCGGAAAGUGGGUCAGGAUUCUACAGUGCUGCUCAUCUGUAUCACCGUCUUUCUCUCCUACCUUCCUGAAGCCGGCCAGUACUCCAGCUUUUUCCUGUACCUGCGACAGGUCAUUGGUUUUUCCUCAGAGACUGUGGCAGCCUUUAUUGGUGUAGUUGGAAUUCUCUCUAUACUGGCUCAGACAGUAGUGUUGGGAAUUCUCAUGCGUUCAAUAGGAAAUAAAAACACCAUCCUCUUGGGACUGGGCUUCCAGAUCCUGCAGCUUGCCUGGUACGGCUUUGGAUCGCAGCCUUGGAUGAUGUGGGCGGCAGGAGCUGUGGCUGCCAUGUCUAGCAUCACCUUCCCAGCCAUCAGUGCCAUGGUGUCUAGGAAUGCAGACCCCGACCAACAGGGAGUGGUGCAGGGGAUGAUCACUGGAAUUCGGGGUCUGUGUAACGGCCUGGGGCCGGCGCUCUAUGGCUUUGUCUUCUAUCUCUUCCAUGUGGAGUUGAAUGAAAUGGCUGAGGUGGAAACUUUGGGUAAGGCCUCCAAACCCAACAUGGCCAACCCGACAGACGAGAGCAGCAUUAUCCCAGGGCCUCCGUUCCUGUUUGGGGCUUGCUCUGUCCUGCUGUCGCUCCUGGUGGCCUUGUUCAUUCCGGAACACAACCUUGCACUGAGAUCAGGCAGCCACAAGAAGCACAGUAACGGAGCCCAGGCCCACACCCACAGCCCGCAGGCCGGAGGAUCGGAUGGCAAGGAGCCUCUGCUCGAGGACAGCAGCGUAUGAGGUUGGGAGAGGACCCGGCUUGCGUCUCGACUCCAGAUCAAGGACGGACUUAGCCAGUUGGAGUUUGGGGAGAGAGGGUGGGGGAGAGAAGAGAGGAGGUAGCAGACUGUGCCACUAACAGCUAAUGAGAAGGGACAGGGUUUCCCUUCAAGCCAAAUAUACCCAGCUGGUGCAAAAAUUGAAUUGUAUCAUCUGGUGCUGAUGGAGAGGGGAAAUACUGAACUGCUCCACAUGAAGGGAUAGUUCUUUAAAGCAAACCUGCCCUUGUACGUGAAUACUGAACUUCAUGGUGUGACCUGCCAAACAUUCAACUCGCCAGUGAAAAAUUAAGGAGCUAGCAUUGUCUUUGUUCUAAUGUGAACUAACUGAGUUGCCAGCCAGAAUGAAACAAGGCAUCUGUUACAUGCCCCAUCCCCUUACGUAUCCGGCGCUUGCCGCUGACCCUGUCACAGCUGGGCUGCCUGACCUUGGCCCGGGGAGAGCCUCGACGGCCGUCCCGCGCCGUGCGUGCGGCCUGCGCCGUGGCACACCCCGUGAAAGGCGCCUGCAGAACAGACAGCGCAGUCAGCUGCGAGCAGAUCCUUGCUGCUGGGGGUUCUGAUGAAUUUGCCUGUUCUGGCCCAAAUGAAACUUAGACCAAAAAACCCAAAAUCUACCGACAUAAUGUUCCGAUGAAGGUAAGAGAAAUUAAGAAGUAAAGUUGCAGCUGAUGCAAGGGAAAACGGGCAGACGAGAGAAGGGCAACUAUAUAAAUUACAAAUGCUUAGAUGGUCAACAACACUUGUAUUUCUGUUUGGUUUUUGGUUUUUUUUGUUACGCUGGUGUCGCAUCGGUCUGUCGCUACCUCCACAGGUAGUAGGUAGAAGGAUUUUUUAGAAAUCUUUUUCUGGAGCUGUAAGUGCCAUUUAGAAAAUACAGUUCUCUGAGAGGCUGGAGAAACAACUAAACUCUGCUAAGCACUUUGAAGCGUGGUUUUCUGAAAGAAAGGUCAAAGAAAUAGCUGCUUGAGCACUUUUUUUAAAGCAUGUGAAUUUUUCCCUGGGCUCUUGCCAUCUGAUAUUAAAAACAGAUAAUGACUGUAGCUUGCUUUUUCUCAGUCCAAAAGAUCUGGAUGGUGGUGAUUGCAAUUGAUUUGAACUUACAGGUUUGGAGUCCGUGUAGCAUUUCUGAGCCUGCUAGCAAGGCUUUUUUGUUGAAAAUUGAAACUGCAGCCUCUGCUGCAGGGUUCAGCUCUGUUUAGAAAGAGCAGGAGAUACUUGAACUUGAGUGUUGUGAAAGAACCAACCUAAGAUAAAUGUAUACAGAACGCUUGGUUGUUUAUAGAUACAUAGAGAUACUGCAGGGGGCAGGAAACAAUCGUUCUCGUUUGAGUAAGAUAAAACUAAGGGCAUUGAGCAAUCACUGGGGGAGUAAAGACCAAACUGGGAACACUUAAGAAAUUAGUUGUUAAGGGAACUGAGGAUACAAUGGCCAGAAACAGUCCUGUCUCAGAGUGGGGUAUGUGCAACAGCUGUUGUUCUCUGACCGGGAUCCCUUCUCUGUAGGUUUGGGAUAGGUGACUUAGGGGAGAAAGGCCAAAAAGGGGGGAGUGCUGUCACUUAAAGUCUUGGGUCUUUGCCGCUGGGUAAUCGUGGCUGAUGCUGUGCCUGCGCAGCAGUGGCUGCAAGUGCCGUUUGCCUCUGGGUUUAAUGGAGAACACCAACUGGUCGGCCCUGGGGAGCACAGUCCGUGACCCGCAGGCGGCACAAGCAGGGAAAGCACUGUCCGCCCCCCGCUCUGCCGGGGCAGAACAGCUCGCCCCGCUCCAGGGGCGCGAGGGGACGCGAGCGCCCGGUGUGUUCGGUGUCUGACCUCUUCUGCGCGGCUGUCGGCCUGAGGGCUGGUUAAUGUUGGCUUUGGUACGGACUGAGAGCUGCAAUUUCGUGUAGGUCUCUUAAGCACCUGUCAAUAUAUUAACAGCUUGGAACCACUGCCUGCCUAGAUGGGACUGAACUAAUAAUUUAAUGUCUGUUUGCCAAUUUUCUGGACCAGUUAGUUACUGGAGGUGGACGUUUAAGUGAAAUUAUUCAUAGUUUGUUUUGCAUUAAUCCAGCCCAGUACCCAGAUCCUGUAAUCAGAACUCUAAGAGUAAAUUAUUGUCCAUGCAGAGGGCAGCCACCCCGGACACUGAGGGUUUGCGGUUGCGGAUCUAGUUGCGGGACUGCAGAACAGAGCUAGCAGAAGGUCUCAGUGGCUUGCGGUGACUUCAGUCUUCCCACGUUCAUUGUGGCGAUCCUCCAGAUUCCCAGAUGUUACUGGGAUGGUCCGUGCUGUGCGUGCACAGCAAAAUUCUGUCCUGAAGGAACUCCAGUCACUUAAACUUCCAGGCAUCAGUGUGAACUCUGUAUUGCUCACAAAAACGCCUUUUUUUAGACUGGAGCUUUACCAGGUACACCUGGCGAUGCGUUUAUUUAAAAUGAACUGAAGUAGGUUUGUCCCUCACACACAAAUGAAGUGAAAUGAAACACCAAAUUGUUACCUCGUUCACACUGAGGCACUCAGAGCUUCACGGGUAGAGCGGAACACUACAAAAAGACGAGCAUAAUUUAUAUGAUAUAAAGUAUAUAGAGAUAUAUUUUUAAAAGUCCUUUCCUUUAUUGAAUAGUUUAUUGAAACCGAUGUGUUUCUAGUCCCAUUCCCUCUCAGCACUGCUGCUGCCUGCGGCGUCUCAGCCUCUCCUUCCCUUCAGACAGCAGAACUAACCGGGUGGGCUUCCCUCCUCGGUGCCCGUCCGUCACGACACGAUACCCAAGUUUCCAGUGAUGCCAGCGUCCCCCGGUUCGUGAGUAGUGGGCCUGGAGUCUUUCGGUCACUGCUUCAGCCCCCGAGUUCGGGGCUGGGAUGCCGCCGGUUGCUGCCACGUCUGCGGGCUGCAGCCUGGCUGUUUGAGAGGCUCCACGGCGGCAGGGGUUUCUUCGGCUGCUGCGGGGGUACAGCGUCAGGCAGCCGCGCCGGCAGCGGGUACGCUGCGAGCGCUGUCAGCGCUAAGGUGACUUGUACCUCGGUCCCUCGCUGUGCUGGGACGCGGUGUAGCCCCGAGGCCGGGCGCCCGCGGCGUGGGGACCUGCUCUGGGAACGGGGGCUCCCCGGGGCAGGGCUGCUCGCCUGCCCCAGGGGCGUCGCUUGUUCCCGGUGCUGGCAGCAGGCAGGGAUUCCUUUCCAGGGUUUUGGAGUUGCUUUCACCUGGCUGGGUGGGGGCCUCAGCCCCAGGUAACUCCCCUCCCCAUCAGCGCAGGGAUGUGACCCACCCACCGUUCUGCCUUUAAGUGACAGAGGAGGACUUGGGCCAAGCGGUGACAGAGCUGAAGUUACCAGACCUGAAUGAAGAAUGUCUCAUUCUGAAGGGCUGGUAAUUCUGCAGCGUCGCACGUGGAGACUGGAAAAUCUGUACGGAGCAUUCAGCUAGUUUUGCCAAUUUUUGUUACUUUAUAUGAAAAUGCAACUUUUUUAAAAGAGCCGUUUCUUAAAAUCCCCUUGAUCUGCUGUGUAGUGCCUGAGCCUGGCUGUUUAACAUCGCUAUUCCCAGAAUUUGUCUGCAGUGACUUAUAAUUCAGGUCGGUAACAGCAGUGCCCCACACAUAAGGCAAAAAUUGGCUUAAUUGCCCUUCUUCUGCAGCUCCAGUGUUAAUGGCAGCAGUUCAAGUGAGUUUAAACUGAUCAUGUCGCAUCAAAAAACCUGUGUUAAACCAUUGCUUUCUCUUUUGCCAUUACUUUUGCAAAAUAGUAACUUUUUACUUCGCUGUUUUUUAUUCUUUUCUCUGCACUUGAAUGGCUGCUAACAUCUUUGGUUAUCUUUAAAAAGUGUGGGCAUGUGGCAAGCCCACGUUCACUGAAGGAUGGCAGUACCUCUGCUCUCUGAAAGUUUUACUAUUGUGUGCGUUUCUGUAUCUCUUUUAAGCUAACAAUGAAAUGUAUUUAUUUCAGUUCAGGUUGUGUUUAGAACUAGCUAAUCUCUCCCUCCGAUGGAUUAUUUAUUAAACUGCUGCUUUCCUGUUGCAUUGAA